UGGAAUAUUACUACAUUUACAAAGUGACCAUCACCAACAGAGCUGACAACAACCCGGAGCGCAUGACUGGAGUAGAGAUCCGCAUCGGAAACUCUCUGGAAAACAACGGCAACAACAAUCCCAGAUGUGCUGUCGUCACUUCACAUGUUCCACUAGGCGGUACUGUCAGUUUCAACUGCAACAGAAUGGGAGGCCGUUAUGUAAACAUGUACCUGCCUAACAUCCAGACGUUUCUCACUCUGUGUGAGGUGGAGGUUUAUGGAACAGCUUAUAGAAAAAAAGUGUUUCUGAGGAUGAAAUUAGCCUCCAGUGUUGACACAACUGCAGUGAACAACACAUUUCUAAAUCAGGCAAGGAAACCUGCGGUCUGCUCUGGGGUUGAGUUCAGUCUCUGAUGUUAAACUGUCCUGGUCAAGACUCCCCUACAGGGAAGCAACGCACAAGCAGAAGAAACCAACAAGGGCUUGUGCUGAUGAACGUUAAUCUGGAUCCACAGACUGAAUCUUUCAAGCAGACAUUCAUUUAGAAUUUUCAUAAUUCAUUGAUUUUAGCUGACAUUGUUCUACGUGGUUCAUAAAAUUGGUUUGAAACAUUCUGUAUAUAUAUAUGCACAAGUACUUAGCCCAUUUUUAUACAGUAUGUGUAUUAUAUUUUUAUUUCAUCAAUGAACACAUGGUCAUUUCAUCAA